UUUGCACGUGCGGCUAGCCGUCACAGCCGCCGUUGCUACUCUUCUACUUUCUCCCUCCAUCUUUCUUCUUUUUUUUUUUUCCCACUUUUCACCUCUCUUUCGAUCAAGUCCCCUUUUAUUGUCUAUCAAUUUAUCCCCUUACUUUCUCUAGAUUGAAACCCCUUUGUGCCUUUUCUCUCUCUCUUUUGUAAUUUCUGUUUUUCACUUAUUGCCCAGAUCCCCUUUUGCCUGCUUUCCACCGUUGUUCCUGGCUGCGCCGCCUUUCGCUACCGCUCUUCCUUCCUUCGAGAUCAGGACUCUGGAUUUAUCCACUCCAAAUUUCUAUUUAAUUUUUUGCCUCUCUCCCUUUUUUACUUUCAAACUUUCUCUAGGCUUUCAAUUACAGGUGAAAUCGAAAAGGGACAAGAAUUUUGGAUGUUUAUUAAGUUGGGUUUUUGAGGUUUGGGUCCGAAGAUCUAACUGAUUCUUAGCAUGUUGAAGUUCCGAUUCCCACUCCAAAAAAGGAUGAAGUUUUGCUAAAACUGGAGGCUGCGAGUAUAAAUCCAAUAGACUGGAAAAUACAGAAAGGGAUGCUGCGCCCUUUUUUACCUCGCAAAUUCCCCUACACACCUGUCACCGAUGUAGCAGGAGAAGUAAUAAAGGUUGGAUCAGGAGUCAAGAAUUACAAAGCUGGGGAUAAAGUUGUGGCUGUACUUAGUGGAGGUGGACUAGCUGAAUUUGCUGUGGCCAAGGAGAGUUUGACAGUUGCAAGGCCUCCAGAGGUAUCAGCUGCUGAAGGUGCUGCUUUGCCUAUUGCAGGCCUCGCGGCUCACCAGGCACUAAACCAGUCUGCUGGGCUAAAGCUUGAUGGAAGCGGCAAGCAAGUAAACCUCCUGAUUACUGCUGCCUCAGGUGGCGUAGGUCAAUAUGCAGUUCAAUUGGCAAAUCUUGGAAACACUCAUGUGACAGCCACUCGUGGGGCUCGUAACAUGGAUUUAGUCAAGAGCCUGGGGGCUGAUGAGUUUCUUGACUACAAGACUUCUGAUGGAGCGGCUUUGAAGAGCCCUUCUGGUCGCAAAUACGAUGCAGUGAUCCACUGUGCAACGGGCAUUCCUUGGUCUACCUUUGCCCCUAAUUUGAGUGCGAAUGGGAAGGUAAUAGAUACUACUCCAGGUUUUAGUGCUUUUAUGACUGUUGCUCUGAAAAAGCUUGCAUUCUCCAAGAAGAAGCUGGUACCAUUGUUUAUGACACCUAAGAAAGAGAAUCUUGAUUAUCUUGUUAAGUUGGUGAAAGAAGGAAAGCUUAAGCCAGUAAUUGAUUCAAACCAUCCUCUAAGUAAGGCUGAAGACGCUUGGGCCAAGAGCAUUGAUGGCCAUGCCACUGGGAAGAUUAUUGUGGAGCCUUAGUUUAUGAAGAUUACUUACAGUAGUUUUAAGCUAGUGGGGUUGCCUAUGGCCCAUAUUUAUAUUCAUAAGUACUGAGUAUUUUGAACAAAUGCAAAUAUUGAUGUGAAUUUUCAUCUUGUCUUUUGCUGGGAAUUUAGACAAUAAUGUUGAAGUUCAUGUUGCUGAGCGCCGUGUUUGGACGUCGUACAUAAUGAGAGAACAUGACUUCUCAAUAUAUAACAACAGAUUUUGUACAUCAGAAAAAACUAUGAUAAGUCAUUGAUAGACGUGAGAAGAUUCAAUGAUUGAAUAAAAACAGAUUUCCUCGCAACAUGUAAUCCAAGGGUUCUAAGCCUCUCGGUUCAAAAAUUGCCCCUCAGAUUCGAACCUAGAGUCAAGCGGAUACACUUGAACUGCAAAACAUCCCGCCCUCCGCCUCUCCCAAGUCUCAACUCUCCUCAUUUUUCUUCUCUGAUCAGUUCAUGGCAAAUUCGUGCUUCUAUUACUUCACUUUCCUUUCUAGUUAUCUCCUAUCGCUAAACGUUCUUUUUUUUUUCCUUUUCCUGGCAUGUUCUCAGAAAAAGCAUCGUCAAACUCCCCUGCAGAUAUCCUGCCUUUUAACUCUGCUUCCACUCUCUACUCUGUUUCUAUU